CUGGAAGUCGAGAUAAAAGAUCUGCAUGAUCACAAAGAUGGGAAGGAAAUCCAAGAAGACAUUCCCAAGGAAUCCGGAGGUCCAAAAGACCAUCAAAAGUGAACAGGAUCAUAGCGAUGCACAGUCCGCUGUUUUUAUAAAAACAGAAGAUCCCCUUGAAGAAACUUAUCAGCGGACUGAGUUUUAUGAGGUGGUCAUGCUAGAUGCAGAUUCGGUUAAGAAGGAGUAUGCCGUUGAGGAUCAGGAUGAGGAAGACCACGAUCCAGAGGAGAAGAUAAGCUAUCAUUUGGCAGGACCACCAAAACUCUGCUCAAAGUGCUGGGAGGGUUUUCCCAUCGAAGAGUUUGCCAAUCAUGACUGCAUGGGAGUCAACGCUCCACAAGAGGAGGAUGAGAUCAGCUACCAUUUGCCUGGCCCACCAAAAAUGUGCUCAACAUGCUUGGAGGCUUUUCCCAUCGAAGAGUUUCCCACCCACAACUGCAAGGACAUCAAUGCAGACAAAUAUCCCUGCAAAAUAUGCCCGCGAAAGUUCCGCUACAAAUCUCUCCUAAUGGUACAUUUAAAAAGCCACCUUAAACUGCAAAAGGGCGAGAGAAUCCCGGAACUAGAGGCAAUAAAACCAGAAAAAACGAAAGCUCAAUCGACCAAACAUAACUUGGAGUUCUUGGAGUACUCACCCACACCAAGGGGGAAGUUAUCUCGACGGAGGGCAGAGAUGAUGAAGCGCAGCGAAAUGCGAAUCAAACAGAAACUUUGCCACUAUUGUCCCAUAGCCUUCUCCAACGAAUCUCAUCUGGAGAAGCACCUGAGGGACCACCAUGCUGAUCUUAUUAAUUCGGCCGAGCUAAUAAUCCCAGAUGAAAAUUUCGAUAGCACAGAACUGAUCUUCAUCAAGUUAGAGAAUGAGGAAACGUCAUAAUACAGAAAGGUUUCCUUUAUUAUAAUCAGUUAUAAAUAGUAUAUUAUAUAUAUACACAAAAAUUGUAAUUGAUAUUUAUAGUUAUCUAUAUCCGUACUAUAGACUAGAUUUCAUAGCUUUAUAUAAGAAACGACUAAUUCAAAAC